CAGGGCUCAUGACUGAGGACAACAAAAAGGAAGAAUGACUAAACGUAUAAAGUAGAUUCUACUUAAAAAAGCUACAAAAAAAUGGGAAGUGAAACGCUCUAUCAAGAAAGUGAAAAAAUUACAAUUGCCAGUGUAAGAAAUGAAACAGAAAGGCUGAUAUUCAGCAUAUACUGUAGUAUACACAUACAUCCAACUUGUAGAAAUCUUCAGCCUCACACGAAUCACAAAACCAGGGGCACAGCUGCUUUAGAAAAAGUGGCUCCAGGGAGUCAGUUAGGCUCACAGCUGCAGGGAUGGAACUGAAGUUAUGGAAUGGACUAUUGUUCUGUCAGUGUUUUUGCCUAAAAGUGAUACAUGUUAGCAGCACCUUCAAUGAAUGGACUGCAGAGACACCAUUCCAAUUAUCUGCACUGCUUGGUUCUUGUGUUGUGAUACCCUGCAACUUUAACUAUCCAGGAUCAGAGAGAAGUGUUUCUCAGAUGACUGGCAUCUGGCUCACAGAAUCCUAUGAAUAUAUUUAUCACCCAAGUGGUUCUGUAAUAGAUAGAUUUAGAGGACGUACAGCACUAGUUGGAGAUUUGGGACAGAAAAACUGUUCUCUGAAGCUUGAUCCAGUGAAACAAAAAGACAGUGGUCAUUAUUUCUUCCGGAUCGAAAUACAUGGAUUGGAUAAUUAUUCCUAUGCCAAAAAUAAAACAUCAGUUUUUGUGAAAGACACAGCAGAUCCUCCUUCUAUAUCUUUAAAAGGGGAAGCCACUGCAGGUAUUGAUCUCUCUGCUUCCUGCUCAGUGUAUCACACCUGUCCUGUUCACCCUCCUACAAUCACCUGGAGCCACAACAGCAUGAUGCCCACUGUUUACUCAGAACCAAUGGGAAACGGACAGUGGAAUUUGACAUCAGUGCUGACCUUUAAACCCCAAGCCAGUGACCACAGGAAAACUCUGACCUGCCGGUCUGAAUACAGGGGAAGAAAAGCAGCAGAGAACUCUAUCAUCUUGAACGUGACCUAUGCCCCAGUAAAUGUGAGAAUGGAAUUUAACCAGCGUGGGAUAAAGGAGGGUGACUCCAUCAUUUUCCGGUGCUCCAGUGACAGUAAUCCUCCUGCACACAGUUAUCAGUGGUACAACGUCAAGGGGGUUCAGACAGUGAGACUGCAGUCAGAAAGAGACACCUUCACUGUAGAUAAUGUGACCAGACACAGCGGAGCCUUCUAUUGCACAGCACAGAACAGACUGGGACAGAGCAACUCCACUGCCAUUCAGAGCAAUGUAGAGUAUGCACCAGAGAUUAAAGGAUCCUCCUGUAAUCUAGGCAACAGCUGGAUAAUCUGUCAGUGCAUUGUGGACUCUAACCCGCCUGCUGAGAUUAAGUGGCUCUUUCCUGAUGGGACCCUGCUGAACAGGAGCUCAGAAAGACAGGACUCAGUGACAGUAGACACCCUGCAGGGAGCUGUGGGCUUCAUACAGUCAAUUUCCUGCUAUGCCAGAAACACACAUGGCAAUUCCACAGUGGAACUGUAUGUGCCCAGUGCUGGUUCUGCAUUGUAUGUUGCCCUUCCUGUUUCUAUACUGGUGGUAGCAGUCAUUGGAGCCAUUGGAGGUUUCUUACUCAGACGGAACAGAAACAGGAGAACAUGUGACAAGCCUGCACCCAGUGGAAAAAGCCUAAGUCAUGAGAUGCACGAUCCUUCCUACAUAAUAAGCAGAAGGAAAAUAGAAGAUCUUGAGAUCCCGCACUAUUCAGACUAUGAAGUCAAUCAACAUGUGUAUGGAAACAUAGAGGUGGAUGAAGAAUAUGAGAAUAUAAUGGAAGAAGAGAUUUAUGCAAAUAUGUAGAUAACCGAGUACAACAGUAGAGCAGGACCGAGAAUGGAAACAUCUACAUCACACACACUCCCGACUUCCGUGGCUGUGAGUGGGUCAAACAGCGGUAUGUCUUCCCGACAUCUGUGUACAAAUACCUGGCUUUCCACGGGAAGUCACUCCCGUCAUCCGUGACAAAAUUUUGAACUUAUUUUUUGCCCUGUGUGUGGUGUUUUUCUAUUUUUUUUUACUCUUGGUGUUUGGUUUCCUCACUUCCUGGUUUCUGUGUUCCCUGGUCUCCUGACCCCUGUUUCCCUGGACUCUUGGUUCCUAUCUGUUGUGAAUCUUUCUCGUGUGGUUUGUUGCCCUGGUCUCCCAGGUUUAUUUUCUGUUGUGCGUACUUUUGUAUGGGUUUUUUGUCUCGCUCCCCUGAUGCCCGGCCUGGCCCCCCCUUUCUCUACUCAAUAAAGGUUUUUACCCUGGAGGAAUGGGGUACCUCUCAGGCCUGCAAAUGGAACCCAGCUUGACAAUUGGUGUUUCAUAGCAGCCACAGUAUAAUAGAAAUCCACAUGAAAAUGAACAAAUGAACUCUGUAAUUACACCAUAGCCUGCACUGGAUUAUUUGUACAGAAUGCACCUGAAUGUAAAAGAAAAAUAAAAGUAUGAAUUAAAGUAAAAGUCGGACUACA